GGGGCGGGGUCGUCCGGGACCCUUUCCCGGAAGGGAAGCCGCGGGAGCCUGCAGGACAAGGCCUGCGGCCCGUCCCGGAACCAGAGACGGGGCAGCGCUCGAGUUCCUGCGCGGGACUGCCAAGGCACGACCACGGGCCAGAAGGCUGCCAGGCUCAGUGGGCAAGCGAAGAAAUCAACCACCGCUACACGGGCGCUUGGGGGCGGGCCCGAGCGCGAACCCGAGCCCCAAAUCCCGACCCAGGCAGGGGCGGGGCCCGGGGCGGGACCUUGGAGGACCAGCCCGCGCGGCGACAUCUCCGCGCGGCGUCUCGACAGCCACUGACAGCCACCCGCCAUGGCCGCAGACCGGCGCUCGAAGGCCGACACCCUGGCCCUGAGGCAGCGGCUCAUCAGCUCUUCCUGCAGACUCUUUUUUCCCGAGGAUCCUGUUAAGAUUGUCCGGGCCCAAGGGCAGUACAUGUACGAUGAACAGGGGGCAGAAUACAUCGACUGCAUCAACAAUGUGGCUCACGUCGGGCACUGCCACCCUCUCGUGGUCCGAGCAGCACAUGAACAGAACCAGGUGCUCAACACCAACAGCCGGUACCUGCACGACAACAUUGUGGACUAUGCGCAGAGGCUGUCGGAGACCCUGCCAGAGCCGCUCUGUGUGUUCUAUUUCCUGAAUUCCGGGUCAGAAGCCAAUGACCUGGCCCUGAGGCUGGCUCGCCACUACACGGGACACCAGGACGUGGUGGUAUUAGACCAUGCGUAUCACGGCCACCUGAGCUCCCUGAUUGACAUCAGUCCCUACAAGUUCCGCAGCCUGGAUGGCCAGAAGGAGUGGGUCCACGUGGCACCUCUCCCAGACACCUACCGGGGCCCCUACCGGGAGGACCACCCCAACCCAGCUGUGGCCUAUGCCAACGAGGUGCAACGUGUGGUCAGCAGUGCACAGGAGAAGGGCAGGAAGAUUGCAGCCUUCUUCGCCGAGUCUCUGCCCAGUGUGGGAGGGCAGAUCAUUCCCCCUGCUGGCUACUUCUCCCAAGUGGCAGAGCACAUCCACAAGGCCGGAGGGGUCUUUGUUGCAGAUGAGAUCCAGGUUGGCUUUGGCCGAGUAGGCAAGCACUUCUGGGCCUUCCAGCUCCAGGGAAAAGACUUUGUCCCUGACAUCGUCACCAUGGGCAAGUCCAUUGGCAAUGGCCACCCUGUUGCCUGUGUGGCCACAACCCAACCUGUGGCGAGGGCAUAUGAAGCCACCGGCGUUGAGUACUUCAACACGUUUGGGGGCAGCCCAGUGUCCUGCGCUGUGGGGCUGGCCGUCCUGAAUGUCUUGGAGAAGGAGCAGCUCCAGGCUCAUGCCACCAGUGUGGGCAGCUUCCUGAUGGAGCUCCUCAGGCAGCAAAAAAUCAAACAUCCCAUCGUCGGGGAUGUCAGGGGUGUUGGGCUCUUCAUUGGUGUGGAUCUGAUCAAAGAUGAGGCCACAAGGACACCAGCAACUGAAGAGGCUGCCUACUUGGUAUCAAGGCUGAAGGAGAACUACGUUUUGCUGAGCACUGAUGGCCCUGGGAGGAACAUCCUGAAGUUUAAACCCCCAAUGUGCUUCAGCCUGGACAAUGCUCGGCAGGUGGUGGCAAAGCUGGAUGCCAUUCUGACUGACAUGGAAGAGAAGGUGCGAAGUUGCGAGACGCUGAGGCUCCAGCUCUAAGCUAGCCCUGCUCUGCCUAAGUGUACUCCAGAAGAAACUCAUCUCAUUCAAAUACAUGCCAUUGAGAAGGCGACCCUGACCUCCCUCUUACAGAUAAAGUUUCAGAGGCUUUCAGAGGCUCAGGAUGGGGGGCCCUGCCUGAGGCCAUAAUGCUACCCACCCGCUCCUCCUAACCACUGGUCUGUUGGGAUGACCCAGAUGUCUGCAUCCCCUCAAGUCAGUCAAUUUCCUUUUUGUCCACUGAGGAUGGGAUGAGGUAGGCUGGGGUACUUUCAAUGCUCCUGCUUAAAUAAGUUAGACCAGACCAGUGUAUUUCUAAAGAAAAUCCUGACACGCACCCCCAUUAAAAAUAGUACAUUUUACAGUGUCCCCAUACAGUCAUACUUUUAAUCGGCAAAAUAAUGCAAUCUGAUAUAUUCUAUCCUACUGAAUUAAAAAUACUGAAUACAACCAA